AUGAGCAUCCAUUCCCCACCCACACUCAUGAAGCCGGCAAGGCAGGCGCUCCUGAGAAAUGAGGCCGUAGCCAUCUCUGCUCUGCAGAAACUGCCCUGGACGCUCUUCCCAGCACUGUUCAAGGACGCCUUCAAUGGCAGACACACUAGGAUUGUGAAGGCAAUGGUGGCAGCCUGGCCUUUCCUCUGCCUCCCUGUGGGGGCACUGAUGAACACCUUCAACCUGGAGAUGGUCCAGGAGAUGCUGGAUGGACUGGAUGUCCUACUUACACAGAAUAUUUGCCCCAGGAACCUGAAGACACCCUUGGAAUCCUUCUCUGUCACUCACUGCCGGCUUUUCCAGCCACACUUGAAACACCUGUCCCGGUGUGAGCAGCUCCAUCAACUAAAACACCUGGACAUGUGUGGUGUUCCUCUGUCCCGUUUGAGGAUGAAGCCUCUCAGAGUUCUCCUAGAGAAAGUGGCAAACACUCUUGAGACUCUGGGAUUUCAGGGGUGUGGGAUAAAGGACUCCCAACUCAGUGUUCUCCUACCUGCCCUCAGCCAAUGCUCGCAGCUCACCAAGGUCGAUUUUUAUUUUAAUGACUUCUCUGUGAAUGUCUUGAGUGACCUUCUCCGCCACACAGCCAACUUUACCAAGAUGACCGUGGAGCAGUACCCUAUCCCUCUGGAGUGCUAUGAUGAGUUUGGUUGCUUCUCCAGAGAGUUAGUUGUCCAACUUUGCCCUGAGCUCAUGGAUACACUCAGGGCCAUAAGGCAGCCCAAGGACAUCUCCUUUGCUGCAGUUAUCUGUGGCAGUUGUUUGAAGCGCCGUGUGUAUGACCUGGAGGGCAGAGUUUGUCCCUGCUUGCAGUAA